AUGGUUCCGAUUCCUCGCGGCAAUAAGGAGACUCCUUUCGACACGUCCGUAUGCAUGCUGAUCAAUGGUCUGUCGAAAGAGGAGGUAAAGCACAUGCAGGUGCUGCUGGAGCGUUAA